AGUUAUGAUACUCUUGGAUAGUCACGCGAUACAGCUGAAAUUCCCGGAAAGCCAGUCGAUAUACGUCCAAUUUUUACUUCCUUCCAACUACCUGAGAGGACAGCAAAUCUUUGUUUUAUGUGUUAUUCGAAGCGUUUCUUGUUGAGGUAACAUCAAUAACACAAAUAACAACAAAAUCCGUGCGUCGAAAGAACAGCUCUCAAAUAUCUGAACAGCGUAACGCAACUUGAAAAGGAAUAAAAAAUGGCGGUGCUUAGUCUCGAUCCAUUUCGGAUUCUUUUAAACAACAUCAGCAACGAACUGGAGGAAAAAGAUCUUCAGAGCUUGAAAAAUGUUUGUGCAGAGUGGAUUCCGGGUGGUCAGCGUGAGAAAAUCCAAGACGGUUGGGACUUUUUAAACCAUCUCCGAAGGCUGAACAUAAUCGGGGACGAACCCGAGAAAGUGGCAAACUUGCUGAUGAUUAUCAAGGUGCUAAAACGACGGGAUUUAAGUCAUCUGGUCAAAAAGCACAUUUCGAAGUACUACGAGCAACCGGAGGAAAUAUUCAAUUCAGUAAGGGCAUCCGAGUCCCUUCACAGCUCUCUAACCGGAAAUAACCAAGUAGCCUUGAACAUAGAAUCUACUGCAUUUAGGUCCUCUACGCCAUGCUGGGUUCUCAAUUGCUUUUGCUGUGAGCUCACCUGUUACAGCAGCUGUCUUAUAUUUGUGACGGUCCUUUUUGCCUUCCUCGCCGUUGCAGCCGUACUGGCGUGGUACGCCAACAUUCCUGAAGUCACCUCUUCUAUAAAAUCCAACGAUGAUUGGAACCGCGCCGGACCGUACAUUAUUGGGUUCUUGCUAUUCAUUGCAGUCUGCAGCGCUCUGGGGGUAAUUUGCCGCUUUUUUUUAACGAGACGAUAUAUUCAUCUUAAUAAUGAUCGUGAAGACAAUCAAAUAUGUGAUGGGAGAUCCAUUCAUCAUGGCGCUGACAACAACUCUGCAGUACCGAAUUCAAAGGCUAGCACACCAGUGUGUACACGAGCAGGAUCACGCAGUUCCUGUCUUGCUACCCCUUCCGGUUCGUUUUCUUCUCUUGAUACAGCCGCAAGUAUCGCUUAGUCGUGUGCAAAGACUCGGUAUGCAGCCAGUAAUGUCAUUUUUCCAUGAAAUGGCAAUAGAUUUAUUCCUGUUUUGCCAAUCUUUGCUGGAAUUAUUUUCUGCUAGAUCUCAAUCCCUAUUCGUAUACAAUCAAUUAAACUUUUAAUCUCAGACUUUGGGAGCACUUUCUUAAGAUAAACAUUUAUGAAUUUACCUCUUCGAAUUGAAGCACCACAUUGACUGUCUUGUUUUCUCUCCCUUCCCUCUCCCUCCUCUUCUCCUUCUCCCUCACCCCUCCCUCACGAAACAGUGAUUUCCCUAGAAAGCAGCCAAGAAGCGCUUCUAGACAUACCGCACAGGGGUACUGAGCGGAACUUCAGAUUUACAAUAACAUGUGAUAAUUAAGAAGCAUCAACAGA